UUCCAGAACAUCCAAACUAUAUUGGCGGCUUAAUAAAUAAACUGUAUUGAUAUUUGAAAUUCUGUUAAUAAACAGUAUUAUUAGAAUGGAUUGAAACGUAAAGAAGAGUUCCAAAAUGGGCGAAGCUCUAACGUCGAUUUUAAGUGAAAUUCUGAGGGUGGAAGGUAUUGAGGAAGCGUUUAGUUGCUUUUUGGUGCACAGGCCUAAUAGUGAAGUUGAAAAAAUAACAUCAUGGCAACAGAAAUUAAUAUCUGUCCUUCGUGGGGCUACCCCAGAACAAUUAGAAAUCGCCUUGAGACAGUACCUUGGCGUAGCUGCUACAUGUUCUCAUAGUCAAGUCCAGUUACUGAUGGAACUGCUAGAAUCUUGCGUAAAAAACGGCGCCUUGGGAUCAAGAAAAGUUUGUGAAGUUAUUAUCACUAGUGACUUGUUACAGCAUAAUAAUACUCACUUUUGGAUAGAAUCUUUCAAGUUGAUCAGAAACAUUAUUGAUUUAGUUGAAUACAAAGGAGUUCGAGAAAUUAUGAAGGGAUGCUGCGAAAAAGUAAAGACGCUUCCUUGGAGGCUACAUUCUGGUUUACAGCCACAAACUCAAGCUCUACUACAUGUCGCCGAGCGAAUUAUGGACAGAAAUGCUUGUCUGUUGCCAGGAUAUCUCCUCGUUAACGAUUUGCAAAAAGCUUAUCCUGAAUGCCCUCAUUGGAGAAUGGCAGCACUGUUCUCAGAUUAUGUAGCCAGUUUUCGAGCAUGCGCCCAAAUGGUCUCGAUCAUAGGUCAGGCAGAAAUGAGACCAGUUGUCGAGCACAGCGGUUGCCAUGAACAUUUGGUAAAUCAUUGGAAAUUGGACCCGUUAACUUUGAGAUUUAGUCUUAAAGGUACACUUCCUUAUGAUCCUGAGUUACUGGAGAAGCAAACGGGAUUACUACGGUACGUCUUAGAGCAACCUUACAGUCGCGACAUGGUGUGCGGUAUGUUAGGUUUAAACAAACAGCACAAACAACAUUGUCAGGCGAUAGAAGAACAGUUAGUAGAGUUGGUAGUUUUGGCUCUAGAGAGGACGGAAACGGAAGGUGACGAACAAGCCACCCAGGGUUUAUGGCUUCACCUCUCGUCCCAACUCAUUUACUUCGUUCUGUUCCAAUUCGCUAGUUUCCCUAACAUUGUCAUGUCGUUGCACUCGAGGCUGCAAGGUCGCGAUUUACGAAGAGGCAGAGAUCAGCUGAUGUGGGUUUUACUACAAUUCAUCUCGGGCUCGAUUCAACGCAACCCCUUGUCUAACUUCUUACCGGUAUUAAAACUAUACGAACUGCUGUUUCCCGAACAGGAACCUCCCUUGGAGGUGCCCGAUUUCAACCAGCCGCAAUGCACCCGCCAAAUGGCCAUGACGUGCAUUUGGAUCCACCUUAUCAAGAAGGCGCAAAUCGAGCAGGUCAACAUAACCUGGCCCAUCCCCAACAAGUUGCGUGCCCACCACGACUUCCUUCAACACCUCAUCCCGCCUAAUAACGCUGCUCUAGCCAUGGGCAACGAUUAUCGUAUCGCUUUACUCUGCAAUGCGUACUCUACGAAUCAGGACUAUUUCAGCAAGCCGAUGGCGGCUCUAGUCGAUACGAUUCAGGGCAGUGCAAAGUCUGCUUCGCCCCCAACAGCUCCUUUGAGUAUGGCCGUUUUGGAUUCCCUGACGGUUCACUCGAAGAUGAGCUUGAUACACAGCAUCGUAACGCACGUUAUCAAGCUGGCGCAGGCCAAGUCCGGGAUGCCGUUGUCUCCUUCCCUGGUGGAAACUUACAGUCGCCUCUUGGUGUACACCGAGAUAGAGUCUUUGGGGAUCAAGGGCUUUAUAAGCCAGUUGCUGCCGCAGGUGUAUAAGUCGCACGCUUGGGGGACUCUGUAUACUUUGCUGGAGAUGUUCAGUUAUCGCAUGCACCAUAUCCAUCCGCACUAUCGAGUGCAGCUGUUGAGUCAUCUGCACUCGCUGGCAGCCGUGCCGCAGGCCAAUCAGACCCAGUUGCAUUUGUGUGUCGAAUCGACUGCUCUACGACUGAUAACAGGUUUGGGUAGUGGGGACGUCCAAACCGAGCUCUUCAGAUUCCUGGCCGAACCGAAAACUAUAGUCUCGGCCGAAUCCGAGGAACUGAACCGAGUGCUCGUUCUGACCCUUGCGAGAGCGACUCACGUGACGGGAGCUGACGGUUCCUGGUGCCAGGAACUGCUCACGACCAUAGCCCAAAGCACUCCGCAUGCCUGGGCUCCCCACACGUUACAUUGUUUCCCCAGGGCUUUGGCCGAGUUCUUCACGCAACACGCUGUUCCUAAGGAGAACAAACAGCAGCUGAAGAAGGCGGUAGAAGAGGAGAACAGGAAGUGGGCCUCGAUGAAUAACGAGAACGAUAUCAUGGCGCACUUCGGGGUUCCCGGAGCACCACCACUUUUCCUUUGCCUUUUGUGGAAGAUGCUGCUGGAGACCAAUCACAUAAGUCCUAUUGCAUACAAGAUAUUAGAGCGGAUCGGCGCCAGAGCCUUAUCGGCCCACUUGCGCAAGUUCUGCGACUGUCUCGUAUUCGAGUUCAGUAACUCGCCAGGCGGUCAGCACGUUAACAAAUGCGUCGAUACCAUCAACGACAUGAUUUGGAAGUACAACAUCGUCACCAUCGACCGUCUGGUCCUGUGCCUGGCUUUGAGGACGCAGGAAGGCAACGAAGCCCAAGUGUGUUCCUUCAUCAUACAACUGGUGCUGCUUAAAGCAACCGAGUUCCGGAACAGGGUGCAGGACUUCGUAAAGGACAAUUCGCCCGACCAUUGGAAUCAGACCAACUGGCACGAGAAGCACUUGGAGUUUCACAGGAAGUAUCCGGAGAAAUUCGCUCCUGAAGAACAAAGCAGCGGCUACCAUCCCUACUUCGGCAACGUGUGUUUGAGGUUUUUACCCGUUUUCGACAUAGUUGUGCACAGGUUUUUGGAGAUAACCGAGGUAACGAAGAGUCUGGAGAUCCUUCUGGAGCAUUUGGGUUCGCUGUACAAGUUUCACGAUCGCCCCGUGACGUACUUGUAUAACACUUUGCAUUACUACGAAGCGAUUUUGAGGGACAGGCCACCUCUCAAGAAAAAAUUAGUAGCCGCAGUUCUUGGCACACUAAAAGACACUCUCUCCGAACCGUAUCAAGCCUUCCUAGGCAGAGCCCCGGACGAGGUAUGGGUACCGGAACUGGAUUAUUACAUACAACUAGUCAGGAGGGUAGUAGAAGUCUUGGGUGGUUCCAAUGCGAAUUUAAUGACCGACUGGAGAUUCAACGAGUUUCCCAAUGCCGGAGCCCACAUUCUAUACACCUCUUGCGUCGAGUUGAUGGCGUUAUCCGCCGGACCUACCGCCGUGGCCAACGGCCUCUUGGAUGUCGUCGCCAAAGGCUUCGUGAUGAUUCCCUCGGACGAAAUCCAUCAAUGGAUCAACGCCAUCGGUCUUAUCCUCGCGGCCCUACCAAUAAGUUACUGGAGCGUCCUUCACGAUCGUUUAUUAGCGACUCUCGACGAACUAGAAACCUGGAACUUUGACUGCUCGCCAUUCCGACUAUUUAAUUUUAAGGAAACCCACGCCGGACACCUUCACAACCGUUUCAGCUACAUGCUGGCCCUGGCACAUUCCGUGUGGCACCACGCGGGGCCGGGACAGAUUUCCAGCGUCUCGCGAUGGGUUAGAGAAUGUUUGCCUACGGUCGUUCGAUCCGAGGAGCAAUUCCUGUUCGUCUGCCACCUAGUCGGGCCGUUUCUUCAAAGAUCUAACAUGGCGAUCGUCGAUUUGACUAACGCUUUGUACGAACUGCUGGCGCAGGUCGAUCAGGCUCAAACGGACAUGAAAUAUAUUGACCCAUUAUGUGACCUGCUGUACCAUAUCAAGUAUAUGUUUGUGGGGGAUAGCAUGAAGAAGGAAUUGGAGGCAGUGGUGAGGCGGUUGCGACCGCAGUUGCAGUUGAGGUUGAGGUUCAUCGCUCAACUGAAGAUCGAGGAGGUACAAGCGUCUUAAUUUAUUUUUUAUUGUACUUUUUUUACAAUCUGUAUGCAAGAAUAAAAAAUAUUUACAA